UUCCCACGCCGGCGUUGCAGGCGUGACGGGCCGCGGCCCCCGGAAGUAGUGAGUAUAGGGAAGCCGCGGGGCGGAAGCCGGGUAUGGCGGGAGGCCGUGGUGCUGCUUGGGCGGAGACGCUGUUGCUGUUGCUAGACUACGCGAACUAACCCUCGUCACUUCCUCAGCCCGCGUCUGCCCACUCCCCAGGCCGGAACCCAGGGGCCCGGAGCCGGGGUGGGCACAGAGUUGUUCUUCAAGGUCCAGGACAGCGGCCAUCCCGGCGGCGGGAGUCGGGGCCACGCCACCUGCGGGGAAGAGCCCGAACCGAGGCGGGAAGAUGGCUGCAGACAAGCCUGCAGAUCAGGGAGCAGAAAAACAUGAAGGCACAGGUCAGUCCUCUGGGAUCACUGAUCAAGAGAAGGAGUUAUCCACCAGUGCUCUCCAAGCUUUCACAUCUGGAAAUUAUGAUGCCUGUCUACAACACCUUGCCUGUCUACAAGAUAUAAACAAAGAUGAUUAUAAAAUAAUUUUGAAUACAGCAGUAGCUGAGUUUUUUAAAAGCAACCAAACAACAACAGACAAUUUGAGACAAACACUUAACCAGCUGAAGAAUCAGGUCCAUUCGGCUGUUGAAGAAAUGGAUGGAUUAGAUGAUGUUGAAAACAGCAUGUUGUAUUAUAACCAAGCGGUCAUUCUUUAUCAUCUGCGUCAGUAUACAGAAGCGAUAUCAGUUGGUGAAAAACUUUAUCAAUUUAUAGAACCUUUUGAAGAAAAAUUUGCCCAAGCAGUAUGUUUUUUGCUUGUAGACCUGUAUAUAUUAACCUACCAAGCUGAGAAAGCUUUGCAUCUUCUUGCUGUCCUCGAAAAAAUGAUUUCACAGGGUAACAAUAAUAAAAAUGGGAAGAAUGAGACUGGUAAUAACUCCAACAAAGAUGGAUCUAAUCAUAAAGCUGAAAGUGGAGUUUUAAUAGAAGCUGCAAAAUCAAAGAUACAUCAGUAUAAAGUGCGAGCUUAUAUCCAAAUGAAAUCCCUGAAAGCAUGCAAAAGGGAGAUCAAGUCAGUCAUGAACACAGCUGGAAAUUCUGCACCCUCUCUGUUUCUUAAAAGCAAUUUUGAGUACUUAAGGGGCAAUUAUCGAAAAGCUGUGAAGCUUUUAAAUAGUUCAAACAUUGCUGAGCAUCCAGGAUUCAUGCAAACAGGUGAAUGUUUGAGAUGCAUGUUCUGGAAUAAUCUUGGUUGUAUCCAUUUUGCCAUGAGCAAGCACAAUUUGGGAAUUUUCUACUUUAAAAAGGCUCUGCAGGAGAAUGACAAUGUCUGUGCUCAACUCAGUGCAGGUAGCACUGAUCCAGGCAAAAAAUUUUCAGGAAGACCCAUGUGCACGUUACUAACCAAUAAGAGAUAUGAGUUGCUAUAUAACUGUGGAAUUCAGCUUCUUCACAUUGGAAGGCCUCUUGCUGCCUUUGAGUGUCUGAUUGAAGCUGUUCAGGUUUAUCAUGCAAAUCCUCGCCUUUGGCUAAGGCUGGCUGAGUGCUGCAUUGCUGCCAAUAAGGGGACAUCUGAACAAGAAACUAAAGGUCUUCCAAGCAAAAAAGGAAUUGUACAGUCUAUUGUUGGUCAAGGCUAUCACCGUAAAAUAGUUCUGGCUUCACAGUCCAUACAGAACACUGUUUAUAACGAUGGACAGUCUUCAGCCAUUCCUGUAGCCAGUAUGGAGUUUGCAGCCAUUUGUCUCAGAAAUGCCUUGUUGCUACUACCUGAAGAACAGCAAGAUCCAAAGCAGGAAAAUGGGUCUAAAAAUAGUAAUCAAUUAGGUGGGAACACAGAAAGCAGCGAAAGCAAUGAAACUUGCAGGUGCUCCAUCCUUGCUUGCAGUGCUUAUGUGGCUCUGGCUUUGGGUGAUAACCUUAUGGCUUUGAACCAUGCAGAUAAACUUCUCCAGCAGCCAAAGCUAUCAGGAUCUCUUAAGUUUUUGGGCCAUUUAUAUGCUGCAGAAGCACUCAUCUCUCUCGACAGAAUAUCUGAUGCUAUUACUCACUUGAACCCAGAGAAUGUCACUGAUGUCUCCUUAGGGAUCUCUUCAAAUGAGCAAGACCAAGGAUCAGACAAAGGUGAAAAUGAAGCAAUGGAAUCCUCUGGGAAGCGAGCACCUCAGUGCUACCCUAGUUCCGUCAACUCUGCCAGGACUGUGAUGCUGUUCAACCUUGGCAGUGCUUACUGCCUCCGAAGCGAGUAUGACAAAGCCCGAAAGUGUCUUCACCAGGCGGCUUCAAUGAUCCAUCCUAAAGAGGUACCCCCUGAAGCCAUCUUGCUGGCAGUCUACCUUGAGCUGCAGAACGGUAAUACCCAGCUGGCCUUACAGAUCAUCAAGAGGAAUCAGCUACUCCCUGCAGUGAAAACACACACAGAUGUGAGAAAGAAGCCAGUGUUUCAGCCCGUCCACCCAAUCCAGCCCAUCCAAAUGCCAGCUUUUACCACUGUACAGAGAAAGUGAUAUUACACUUUUGGAAAACUGUUACCUGAGACCCAGGGCAGUAUUUACUGCCUUUUUAAUUGUAUCACAGCAAAAUGAAUAAAAAACAGACAGUGAAGGUUGUUAUUUUCGAAGACACACUGAGACAAUUCUACCCAACUUUUUUGCCAGAAGCUUACUUAAAAUUAAGGAUUCACAAACUCAUCUUCAGCUGUUUUAAUUUUUUGCCUAUUAAUUUUGAGCCAUUAUGUGAUGUAUGUCAUAGGCAAUUAAAACAUGAUCUUAUCAGAA